GUUAAGGGUGGUGAGCGCAUCCUCCACCCCCAGCCAGGGAGGAGCCGGGUGGAACAACCAGGUAGAUGCACCUGACAAGUUACAGUUUCGUAGAAAGUUGCUGGGGUAUAUAACAUGGAGGCGAGCAGUGAAGCCAUAGAUGCAACUGAAGCCUCAGCAUCUUCAGGACCUACAGAGCCAGCAAGAUGUGUCGUCAGCAACUGGUCAUCUCUUUAUUUUCUUUGCUUUUGUUGGCAACUCCUCUCAUGGCCACAUGGGAACUGGAAAAAAAUGUUUAUGUCGUGGAGGUAGAAUGGCAUCCUGAUGCUCCAGCUGAAACAGUGGUGCUCACCUGUGAUUCAUCUGAAGACGAAAACGCCAUUACCUGGACCUCAGACAAGAAUGGCCAGAUCUUAGGAACAGGAAAAACCUUGACUGUCCAAGUGAGGGAGUUUACAGAUGCUGGCACCUACAUUUGUCAGAAAGGAGGAAAGGUGCUGAGUCACAAAUUAUUGUUAAUCCGAGUAAUGGAAGACGGGAUUUGGUCCACUGAUAUUGUGAAAGACCAGAAAGAACCCAAAACCAAGACCUAUCUGAAGUGUGAGGCCAAGAAUUAUUCUGGGACUUUCACCUGUUCCUGGCUUACAGAAAGCAGUCCUGACUUAAAAUUCUCUAUUAGAAGCAGCAAAGGCUCUUCAGAUCCCCGAGGGGUAACAUGUGGGCCCGCUGUGCUCUCUGAAGAAAAAGUCAAAAUAGACAACAAGGAAUACCAAAAAUAUACAGCAGACUGCCAAGAUGUCAGCGCCUGCCCAUCUGCUGAAGAAAGCCAGCCAAUUGAGGUUGUCCUAGACGCUAUUCAGAAGCACAAAUACGAAAAAUACACCAGCAGUUUCUUCGUAAGAGAUAUCAUCAAACCAGACCCACCCAGGAACCUUCGUGUCAAACCCUUAAAGAAUUCUAGGAUUGUGGAAAUAAGUUGGGAGUAUCCUGAGACCUGGAGUACACCACAUUCCUAUUUCCCACUAAAUUUCAUUGUUCAAGUUCAUGGCAAGGGCAAGAAAGAAAAAAAUAGCUUCACAGAAACAACCUCUGCUCAAGUUGAAUGUCACAAGGGGAAGAGAAUUCAGGUGCAGGCCAUCGAUCGCUACUAUAAUUCAUUCUGGAGCAAUUGGGCAUCUGUGUCCUGUGGCCCUAUCUCACCCAGGCAAGAAGAAUAAGAGCCACUCACAGGCCAGUCCCAUCCACCUGGGAGUUUUGACCAGCUCCAUUUCUAUCCUGGGCUGGUUAGCCCUUUUUAAGCAUCCUGGAAGCCCUCUGCACCAGAUUUAGGGUGGACACUCAAUUGGCUUGAUAAACCUACUGCUAUCACCUCAGAACUGCUGAGCCAAGGCAUAGAUCUGUGUUUUAGGAGCAUUCAAGCUUAAUUGUUAGUUUUUAAACACAAACCUUCUCCUGAGCCCAUUGAUUUCUCCUACUUGGCCCAAAAAGCUUUGCAAGGGCUCCUCAAAGUAUAGGACUCCAGGGUGAUUACCCCAAUUUGCCAAACCGUAAUCUCAGCCCUCAAGCACAAAUUCCAGGGCACGUAAGGAAAAUCUGAUAUUGGACUCCGAAAUAAGAAUUGUUCGAGGUUCUUGAGCUCCAGGAAGUUAUUUUGUUUGAAAAUAGGAGUAAGGUGAUACUGCAGUUGGCAGUAUGAUCUACAUUUCUGGCCCUCUCCCACAGGUUAAACUCCCAUGAUACUACACUGGAUGAAGAGAAGAGAUGAAGCAAACAUGAAAAAAAAAGGAUCAAGUGAAAUGAAAUAUGAAUAUCAUCUGCUAGUUUUCUUUUACUUUUAUUUUUUAUGGAUUAUGAUCUUUUUUUAUAUUUCAGUUCCCAGAUGCCCAAUGAACCAAACAACCAGUUAAUUUGAGCUAAAAAAAAAAUCAAUCAGUAUUUAU